CCCAGCCUGGAGGUGGAGCUGCCUGGCAACCCCUAGCCUGGAAGGUUCCAGUUAGGGUUAGUCGGACGCAGGCUGCCGAAGCCACUGCGUGCUGCCGAAGCCACUGCGUGCUGCCGAGGCGCCGAGCGUUGCCGAGGACUGACGAGGACCGCCGAGUGUUUCCGAGGGCCUCCGAGCGCUGACGAACCUGUCUGAGAGCUGACCUGGGUAGAGCGCCAUGGGUCCGGUGGUUGAGCGGCCGGCGGCUGAGGCGGGCACGAGCGGCGUCGCCGAGCUGGAGCGGCUGAAGCAGCGCGCCGCGGAGCGCAUCGACGAGGCGGCCGAGCGCCUAGGCGCGCUGAGCCGCGCCAUCUGGAGCGCGCCCGAGCUGGCCUACGAGGAGCAGCGCGCGCACGGCGAGCUCACGAGUUUCUUCGAGCGCGAGCCUCCGGCGGGGUCGUGGGCUGUGCAGCCGCACUUCCGGCUCCCCACCGCCUUCCGUGCCGAGUGGGCGCCGCCGGAGGCCGCCACGGGGCCCGGCGCGCUGCAGCUGGCCUUCCUGUGCGAGUACGACGCGCUGCCCGCCCUGGGCCACGCCUGCGGUCACAACCUCAUCGCGGAGGUCGGGGUGGCUGCUGCUCUGGGCCUGCGGGCUGCCCUCGAGGGCGUCGCCGCGCCACCGCCUGUCAAGGUCAUUGUCUUGGGAACCCCUGCAGAGGAAGAAGGUGGUGGCAAAAUCGAUUUAAUUGAAGCAGGUGCUUUUAAAGAUCUCGAUGUUGUUUUUAUGGCUCAUCCAUCUCAAGAGGAUGCCGCCUAUCUACUGGACGUGGCCGAGCAUGAUGUUACUGUGAAAUACUAUGGGAAGGCGUCUCACGCUGCUGCUUACCCUUGGGAGGGAGUGAAUGCCUUAGAUGCUGCAGUCCUUGCCUAUAACAACCUCUCUGCAUUAAGACAACAGAUGAAACCAACCUGGAGACUUCAUGGUAUAAUAAAAAAUGGUGGUGUAAAGCCCAACAUCAUCCCCUCUUACUCUGAAUUAAUCUAUUAUUUCCGUGCACCCUCAAUGAAAGAGCUUCAGGUUCUGACCAAAAGGGCAGAAGAUUCCUUCAGAGCUGCUGCUUUGGCUACAGGCUGCACAGUGGAAAUUAAAAGUGAAGCACAUGAUUAUUACAAUGUUCUUCCCAAUAAGACACUGUGCAGUGCAUAUGUGGAGAAUGGGAAGAAACUGGGCAUAGACUUCAUCUCAGAAGAUGCAGUAUUGAAUGGCCCUUCAGGCUCUACUGAUUUUGGAAAUGUCAGCUUUGUGGUUCCUGGGAUUCACCCUUAUUUUUACAUUGGGACCGAUGCCUUGAAUCAUACGGAACAGUACACGCAAGCUGCAGGAUCACAAGAAGCUCAGCUGUACACCUUGCGUACAGCCAAAGCUCUGGCCAUGACUGCACUGGACGCCAUCUUUAAACCUGAGUUGCUGGAGGGAAUCAGAGAAGAGUUUAAAUCGAAGCUUCAAGAAGAACAGCUUUUAAACACACCAGCGUAGAAGGAAUGCUAGGGACUGCUCAGGAAGCAUUAAGUUUUGUUUGUUUUACCGCUAAUACUUUUUCAAUGCAAGAGAGCAUACUUGUUUCUCAGUUGUGGUGAGGACAGACUAUAGUGAAGGCCCUAAUGGAGUUUGUGAUCCUUCAGACAUUGGUCUGUGAUGACAUGUGAGUCUAUAACAUGGUAGUGCCUUUUGUAUAGCUUUACAAAUCCCACAGGUUUCAACACGUAACACUUGUGAACUGUGUUCAGAGAAGUGAUAUCUUCUCAGCAGUUCAAAGUUGGGGGAGUUUAAGUCUAACUGUAUCUGGUUUGAUCUCGAGAAAAACUUAAACAGGUGCCUGUAGGACACACCUAGAAUCUCCAGUACAAAGAAUUACUUUUCUUUAACAUUGUUUUAAAAAAGAAAAUGUUCUUUAUUUGCAUGUAAUUACCCCAAGAAGUGGCAUAGGAGCAGUGUAACAGCCAGCAACAGAAGUGACAGAAAAGCAGGGUGGGGAGGCUGCCAUGUGAGAGAGGAGGUCAGACUGGGUGUGUACUGGUCUCCAGUGUCCUGCACUGUGCCCACCACCCAGCAGCCUCCCGCCCCACAGAAGCCCCCUAAGCCCCUGCUGGCCCAGUGGCAGUAAACGUGGAAAGGCGGCCUCUUAUCCCCAUGCUGUGACUUAACUAAGUUUCUGGCCUUCUCUCUGGACUUUCUCUUUGCCUUCUCAGCUUGCUUUCUGCCUUUGUGUCACCAGAGCAUUCUGGAAAAGCCAGGAUUUUACCUAGAAAUUUGAGACAUUCAGUGGUUGUCAGUAAAAUCACUGGAAAAGAGGGAGAAAGUCACAUAAAACCACCAGUAUCUCAUGAUUCUUACUUGGCAUAAAUUUCUCUGUUUCAGACAAGUGUUUCCUUCUGCUCCGCCCUCCUCCCUUUCUUUUUUUUUCUUUUUUUUUUUUUUUUUUUGGUUUUUUCGAGACAGGGUUUCUCUGUGGUUUUGGAGCCUGUCCUGGAACUAGCUCUGUAGACCAGGCUGGUCUCGAACUCACAGAGAUCCGCCUGCCUCUGCCUCCCGAGUGCUGGCAUUAAAGGCGUGCGCCACCACCGCCCGGCUCCUCCUCCCUUUGUAGCUGCAGUCUUGCUGCCCAUCAGGUACUGGGGCCGUAGGGAUGAGCAUGCACUCCUGCCGUGUAGAGUGAGCUUCUGCACAUGAUUAGAGAUCUGAACCGCUGGUGAGACAAACCCUUAGGCACAAGAGAGAGAGCUUGGGUGUGGGACCCAAAUAGAGCUGAACUCCUUUAUGCAUCACGUGCACUGCCGUGUACACAUAGCUGGAAGUGUCCAGUGCUUUUAGUGUGCCUGAGAUUUAACAGACCUCUUUGUCCAGGCCAGUUGUGCAGUUAUCUGCCUGCUCAUACCACUAAAAAGGUUUGAAUUUUGAAGCAUUUUGGAUUUGAGGUCAGGUGUGUUCAACUUGUACUAUUACUAAUAAGUUGCUAUGUAUUCUAUGACUGUAGCUAAUAUUUAGCUUGCCUCAAAAUUUUUAAACUGAUUUUUAGUCUUAAUAAAUUCUCUUUAUUGAAUGAACUACA